CUGCCCGCAGACCCUGUAGAACCCUAUAAAAGGUGUGUUAAUAAUAGAAAUAAACGGCAUUCACAAUUACUUCUGUUAAGACUGGUGAACAGCUCGGGGGUCUUUCAACACCAAACUAUGUUGAGAUGGAAGAGAAGAAAAAGCCCCAGAGAUGCCGCACAAGGAGGGUCUGCAAAUCCAGUCCAGGGAGCUCCGAGGAGGAAAGAUCCCCCCAGUGCCAGGAACACGGCCAGAGAUCCAGCCGGAGCUCAGAGCAGGAGGAAAAGCCCCACAAGUGCUUGGAAUGUGGGAAGGGUUUCAGGUGGAGCUCCCAACUGAUCCAGCACCAGGUGAUUCACACUGGGGAAAAGCCCUACGAGUGUGGGAAAUGCGGGAAGAGCUUCACCAACACAGCUUACCUGAUGAAACACCAGGUGAUCCACACUGGGGAACGGCCGUAUGAGUGUGGGAAAUGUGGGCAGAGCUUCAGAAGUAUCUCUGACCUGAUGACACACCAGGUGAUCCACACAGGGGAACGGCCCUACACCUGCUUGGAAUGUGGGAAGAGCUUUGGGUGGAGCUCCUACCUGAGGGCACACCAGCUCAUCCACACUGGGGAGAGGCCCUUCGAGUGUCCCGAGUGUGGGAAGAGGUUUCAGCGCAGCUCUGAUGUUCUCAAACAUGAGCGGAUUCACACAGACGAGAGGCCCUUCCGCUGCCCCGACUGCGGGAAGAGCUUCCAGUACAACUCCACCCUCACCGUUCACCGGCGCAUCCACACUGGGGAGAGGCCCUACGAGUGUCCCCAGUGUGGGAAGAGCUUCUCACAGAGCUCUAACUUGACCCAACACCAACGGAGGCACCAGUAAGGGAAGCCCUGCGAGGGCCCCGAGUGCGGGAAGAGCGUCGGGCGCUGCUCCAGCUCCAUCCCCCAUGGGAGGAGGGGCGUUGGAUGAUCCCCAGUGACCCCCGUUGGGCAGAGCCCUGGUGAUCCGUGGUCCUGGUGAUGCGUGUUGGGAAGACACCUGGCUGGGAGGCUCCACAUCUUCCUGGCUCCCUGUGGGCGCCUGGAUGAAAGCAGGGGAAUGAAAAUCCAACAGGACACAGAAUGACAGUGGGAAUUGUUGACUUUGAAUC